CCCUUUCCUUUUUUUUCGUUGGUUUGAGAUGCAGCCAAAUCUUCUGAUUAACAGAUCAUUCCUUUUACUCAUUUCGCCAUCAUCAUUUCUAGCCACGCCUUCUCUGCAGACCCAUCAAGAGGUUGGAUUUAGAUUCCGCAUUGCAGACGGCGCCGAGCUUCAGUGAAGAGAUAUCAACGAAGAAGAACUUUCAACCUUUUAAAACUCGCACAACAUGUCUCGAUUCGCAAGACCAGAAAUGGUCUUAAAGCGUUCUGAGGAAUUGAUCGGUGUCGGUCAACCUCAAGCUGCUUUACAAGCCCUUCAUGACGUUUUCACUUCACGUAGAUUCCGUCAAACAAGCUUGACCACUUUGGAACCUAUCAUGUUGAAAUUUGUCGAUUUAUGCGUCGAAUUACGUCGUGGUAGAGUUGCAAAAGACGGUCUAUUGCAAUACAAAAAUGUUUCACAAAACCAAAAUCCAGCUUCGAUCGAAUUGGUAAUCAAGCACUUUAUCAAAUUAUCCGAAGAAAAGGUUCGUGUCGCACAAGAAAAAGCUGAUGCUACCGCCAAAGAAGCACUUGAAGUGGACGAUUUGGAAGAAAGUGAAUCUCCCGAAAGUAUGCUGUUAGGUGCUGUGACAAACGAAGAAAGUCGUGAUCGUACAGACCGUGCACUCGUUACGCCUUGGUUGAAAUUCUUGUGGGAAUCUUAUCGUACUGCUUUGGAUAUCUUGCGCAACAAUGCUCGUUUGGAAGUUCCUUAUCAACAAGUUGCCCAUCAAGCAUUGCAAUUCUGUCUCACACUUCAACGUAAGACAGAAUUCCGUCGUCUUUGCGAUCUUCUAAGAACACAUUUGGCAAAUGUUGCCCGCCAUGCACAUCAUUCGCAUGCAAUCAACAUCACCGAGCCGGACACAUUGCAACGUCAUCUCGAUACACGAUUUGCACAAUUAAACGCUGCUGUAGAAUUGGAACUUUGGCAAGAGGCUUUCCGAUCAGUUGAAGAUGUUCACAAUCUAUUAACAAUGGCCAAAAAGAGUCCCCGUCCAAGUAUGAUGGCAAACUACUACGAGAAACUUACAAAGAUUUUCAUGGUUUCCGAUAAUAAUCUCUUCCAUGCCGCUUCAUGGAACAGAUAUUACGCCUUGGCACGUACAAACGUCAAGACGGAAGAGGAGCAUACAAGAAUGGCAUCUUUGGUCUUGUUGAGUGCUUUGGCUGUGCCUGUCAUUUCUUCAAGUGCUCCCGGUACAGGUAAUAUGAACAAAAGCAAGUCUGACUUCUUGAUGGCUGAUCAAGAGACCAGAAGCCGUACCGGUCGUUUGACGUCUUUGUUGGGUCUCUCUCAAACACCCACCAGAGCCGGCCUUUUGAAGGAAGCCCUUGCACGUAACGUCUUGAAGCGUGUCAAGCCUGAAUUGCGUGACCUUUACAACAUUUUGGAAGUCGAAUUCCAUCCUUUGAGCAUUUGCCAAAAGAUCGAGCCUAUCAUUCGCCAAAUUGCCCAAGAUGAGGAAAUGGCCAAGUAUGUCAAACCAUUGCACUCAGUCAUCUUGACCAGACUCUUCCAACAAUUGAGUCAAGUUUACGAUUCCGUCAUGCUCAAAAAGGUCAUGCAACUGGUUUCCGCCUUCAAAGCCCCUUACGAUUAUUCACCAAUCGAAGUUGAGAACUUCGUUCUGAACGCAUGCAAGAAAGGUCAUUUGAACAUCAGCAUUGAUCAUGGAGAACAAGCAAUCACCUUCCAAGAUGAUCCUUUCGAUGCCAAGGUUCACCCUUCUGCUGCCUCUGGAUCAGGAUCCUAUGCUUCGACCAGUACCUCCAAUGACGGAGGAGAUGCUGUCCGCUUGCAAUCUACACCAAGCGAAUUGGUCAGAACGCAAUUGAGCCGAUUGGCAACAUGUCUCGAUACUACGUUGAAGACUAUCGACCCCAACAUCCUCGAUGCUGCUCGUGAGGCCAAACAAAAUGCUUUCGCCCGUGCAUUGGAUCAAGCUGAUCGUGAACACACUGCAGCCGUUGCCAGAAAAGCAAUCUUGGCUCGUCGUCGCGAAUUGUUGGAAGAGAGAGCAGUUCUACGUGAACGUGAGGAGACAGAGGCCAAGGCUGAACGUGCUCGCUUACAAGCACAAGCUGAACAAAUUAGAGUUGCAGAAGAACAACGUCAACGUGAACAAGACCGUAUCAAACGUGAAGUAGAGGCAGUCCGUUUGGAGGAAGCACGCAAGAUGGCACAAAGCUUGAAGGAGAAGGGUGGUCUGAAGUUAACCGAAGAGGAAUACGCCAACUUGGACACGGACAAGCUCGUUCAAUUGCAAGUUGAGCAACUCGAACGUGAAAAGAAAGACUUGGCUGAAAGAUUACGUAUCGUUCACCGUCGUAUGGAUCACAUGGAACGUGCUUACCGUCGUGAAGAGAUUCCCUUGCUAGAGAGAGAUUACGAACGUCAAAAGAAAGAAGAUCAAGAAUACCAUAGAAUUGCACGUCAAACAUUGCUCCAAACCAGCCGUGAUAAGCACGAAGCUGAUUUGAACGUCAAGAAGAGACUUGCCCGUAUCUUACCUGAUUACAACAGCACUCGAUCUGUCAUUGAGGACAAGCGAAAGACUGUUCUAGAAGAACGCCGUAGAAGAGCACAAGAGCAAAUUGAGAUCGAGAAGCAAAAGAGACGUGCACAAAUCGCCAAAGAACGCGAAGAAGAACGUUUGCGUGAAGAAGAGGAUGCCCGUCUACGUGCUGAACAAGAUGAACGCGAUCGCGAAAGAGCUGAAGAGGAAGAACGUCAAGCUGCCUUGCGUGCAGAAGAAGAAGAGAAGAAACGUCACUUGGAAGCUGAGAAGGCACGUGAAAUUCAAGAAAGAAGAGCCAAGAUGGAUGCACAAUCUGAGAAACAAAGACAGAGAGAAGCAGAAAUCGAAGCAAGACUUGCGAAGGAACGCGAAGGUGGAUUUCGCGAGCCAAGCCGUGCUUCUCCCGCUUCUGCAGGACCACCAAGUUUCGGUGUCAAAGCCGGUGGAUGGCGUGAGAAGUUGGCAGCAAGACAAGCAGCUGGUGGUGCAGGUGGUGAAUCAUCUCCUUCUGCUACUCCUGCUGCUACUCCUUAUGGUGCACGUAUCAAUGGAGCAGGAACGCCUGCUUCAGAAUCACGCAAUCAAUCUUCCAGCCCACAUGGAAGUCCAGCUCAACCAGCAUCUAGAGGACCAUCUGCCUUUCAAAGAACGGGAGGCGGUGGUUGGCGUGAUCGGGAGGCAGGUAAGACUGCUUCUGGACCUGCUACUCCUGAAUCCGCACCUCGUGCUUCUACACCUAGUGCAGCAGCCGAAAAACCAGCCGCUGGUGGUGAUGAUGAUGGAUUUACUACCGUUCAAAGCAAUGCUGCUCGUGGUAAGAGUAGUUACGUACCUCCUCAUUUACGUCAAAAAAAGUAGAAAGUUGAUUCGAUUAGGAGGCAAUUGUAGCAGAGGAUCGAAAUGUAAUAUUCAUUUUUUUCCCUUUCAUGUACAUAUUUCCACCUUUUCCCUUUACAACAUCUGCAAUUCAUGUUUUAUGUUACGCUAUA